UCCAUUAUUCGUCUGAGAUACACUAAGAACUAAAGUGCUUUCACCAGCAGCUAGCUUAGACGCUAUGGAAGUAGGAGUAAGAGCAGGAACAGAAGCAGCGAAGGGCGUUCAGGUUCAGGUUCUGAAAUAUGUCAAGCUGGGUUACCAUUACCUGAUGGCCCGUCUCUUCACCCUCUGCCUUGUUCCUGUCAUGGCCGUGGUCUUGAUCGAGGCAUCGCGGCUGAGCCCCAAAGACAUUCAUCAUCUGUGGCUCCAGCUUCAGUACAACUUUGUGAUCAUGAUGGCCUGCUCUGCCUUCUUGGUGUUAGGGGCAACCAAAUAUUUCAUGAUCCGCCCACGACCAGUCUACCUCAUCGAGUUCGCCUGCUACCGUCCCCCAUCCAAACUCAAAUUGUCGAAAGACAAGUUCAUGGAGCAAUUGAUGCUGAAGGGUGACUUCAACGAGUCAUCACUAGAGUUCCAGCAUAAGAUCCUGCAGCGAUCUGGGAUGGGGGAUGAGACUUACUUCCCUGAAGCGGUGCAUUGCAACCCUCCACGCCAGUCCUUCACUGCCGCUCGUGAGGAGGCCGAGCAGGUCAUGUUUGGUGCUAUGGACAUUCUUUUCAAGAACACCAAUUUAAACCCAAAUGACAUCGGGAUCCUUGUUGUGAACUGUAGCACCUUCAACCCGACCCCGUCACCCUCUUCCAUGAUCGUAAAUAAGUACAACUUGAGAAGUAAUAUCAAGAGCUUCAAUCUCGGUGGAAUGGGUUGCAGUGCCGAAAUAAUUGCCCUCGACCUCGCCAAGGACAUGCUCCAGGUUCACAGGAACACCUACGCCGUCGUUGUCAGUACCGAGAACAUCACCCAUUCAGGGUACCUCGGAAACAAUAAGUCCAUGCUGAUCACUAACUGCCUCUUCCGUAUGGGCUGCUCCGUCAUCUUGUUAUCCAACAAGGCCGGCGAUCGGAGGAGGGCGAAGUACAAGCUGCUCCACGUUGUGAGAACCCACCGUGGGCCCAACGACACUGCGUACCGCUGCGUGUACCAGGACCAAGACGCCGAAGGGAAGAACGGCGUGUCACUGUCCAAGGAUUUGAUAGCCGUCGCCGGUGGGGCACUUAAGGCCAACAUCACGACUUUGGGUCCACUAGUCCUUCCCAUAAGCGAGCAGAUCCUUUACUUCUUCAAUCUGGUGACGAAGAAGUUGUUCAAUGAGAAGGUGAUGACCUACAUACCGGACUUUAAGCUGGCGUUCAACCACUUCUGCAUUCACGCUGGAGGGAGAGGAGUGAUCGACGAACUGGAGAAGAACCUGCAAUUGCUGCCGGAGAACGUGGAGGCUUCAAGGAUGACGUUACACCGAUUCGGGAACACAUCGUCCAGUUCUGUAUGGUACGAGCUGGCUUAUACGGAGGCCAAGGGAAGGAUGCGAAAGGCAAAUCACGUCUGGCAGAUUGCGUUUGGAAGCGGGUUCAAGUGUAACAGUGCAGUCUGGGAAGCGCUUAGGCAUGUGAAGCCAUCUCCAAACAAUCCCUGGGAUGAUUCUAUCCACAAAUAUCCCGUUCAUAUAGAUUAUAAACUGGAUUAAUUAGCCCAGUGCAGAACCAAAUAAUUACAAUAAGCUAAGAAGAAGUUAAAUAAUAAAAAUAAAAAAAACAAGGUGGGGGAGGGAAUUCAGUUUCAGGUUGUGUGGCCCUGCUGCACCAAUGCAGGGCAUCCAAUAAGGGUGAGAUUUUUCAUUUCGUCAUUCCUGUGUUUGUCUUUGGAUGCAGGUGCCAUGCAUUUGGGAAGUUUUCUUUUUUCUUAAAAAAAAAAAAUCUCAAUAAAAAAUAAUUAUUACAUAGAAUUUUAAUCAUCUAUUUAUGCCAUUAUGUGGACCAAAUAAAAAAGGGUUCCAAUUAUGUAAUCUAGUGUUGUAAUGUAAAAGAAUGUUUAAUUAUGAUGUGUGUACCAUUACUAUCCAUCCUUUGCAAUAAUUAACUAUAAUGUACUGUUGUAAGGUUAUAAAAAAUGU